GUACGCUAACAGAUCAUAUUGAAGCUCCCAGCAUCUUUCUUGCAAAAUAAUGCUAAUGGUUCGGCACAGCGAUGUUGCUCGAGUAUAAAACGGCUGGCUGUUUAUUUUAUAAUCACAGUUAUACAUCGUCCGUUAACUUUGACACAUACAAUAUGAAAUACUUCAUUGUCCUCGCUUUGGUGGCUGCCGCCGCGGCUGACGUCUCCCACAUCGUUCGUCACGCUGACGCCGAUGCGCAAAUCGUCAAGCAAGACUCUGACGUCUUCCCCGACCAAUACCAAUACUCAUACGAAUCCAGCAACGGCAUCGCCGGACAGGAAUCUGGUGUCCUGAAGAACGUUGGCCGUGAGGACGAAGCCAUCUCCGUCCAGGGCUCCAACAGCUACAUCUCCCCCGAGGGUGAGCACAUCCAGCUGUCCUACGUCGCCGACGAGAACGGAUACCAACCCCAGGGAUCCCAUCUGCCCACCCCUCCCCCUCCCCAGCCCAUCCCUGACUACAUCAUCAGGAGCUUGGAGUACAUCGCUGCCCACCCCCCCGCGCCUGAACCCGCCAGGAGGGCCUAAGAUAUUAAACUACUAUGAAAACAUCAAAAAUGAAACUGCCUAUCUUGUUAUCUCUAGUCGCAAUUAUGUAAAUGUUCUAAAAUAAAAAGGAACUAGGUACAGUACAUA